UUCAAACACUGCCUCACCCUGGAGACGUGAGCAUGAUAGAAAGAUAGAGAAGGGGAAGAUACAGAGCCACUGAAGAAGGAAGACGUAGUGAAACAGGUGUGGACGACUUAACAGGAAAUGAAAGCAAUAGUGUGCAACAGCUCUGGCGUGCAGUCUACGUGCGCUUUUCUCAUUCGCUCCUUAAUCAGUCUUUCUCUGAUGCUGCUGUGCGGGGGAAAGUGCCUGUCGUACGUGGAGUCAGUUUGUUGGAAUGUGAAGAUUUCUCAAGGACAAGGAGUCAUGGCUAAAGUGGACUGUAGUAGGCUUGGAUUGUUUCCUGCGAAGUUGGAAUACAUCUCCGAACGGACAAGGAAUUCCUGUGCUACACCAGGAACAAUAGUCCUGGAGUUUGCCACAGGAGGUCAGCAGAGUGUGGGGUAUGAGUCAUGACUUCUGUGGUGCUUGUAGACAGUGGAGGAGCAGUGGUGGAGUAUGUCACUGCAGUCGAUGACCAUUUACCGGAGGAGGGUGGCGUGUAUGAGGUGGAGGGUGAAAUGGAGGGAGAGGUGGAGGGCGAUGUGGAGUAUCCAGCAGUGAUUGUGGAGCCAGUGCCCAGCGCGCGGAUGGAGCAAGGCUUUGCUGCUCAGGUGCUGGUGUACGAUGAUGAGACAUACCUGAUGCAGGGAGUAGCUGAGGAGCAGGAGGUGGAGACAGAGGUGCUGGAGACAGUGGAAGCAUCAGUUCAUGGUGUGCAAUGCUCUGAUAAAACCAUCGAGGCCGCUGAAGCCCUUCUUCACAUGGACUCUCCCUCCAGUUUGCGUGGAGACAGAAGCCCAGAGGUGUUUGUGCCUCCAUGUGUCAACACUUCAGAGUUCCUGCAUGCUGCCAUGCGACCUGAUGUGCUGACCGAGACGGUGGUUGAGGUCAGCACUGAGGACAUGGAGCCCAUGGAGGUGGUUACUGUCAUUCAGGAGCCUGAGAUGCUGGACACUGAACCCAGCAAGAGAAGAAAAUCGGGGAGGAAGCCCAAACCCCAUCACAUUUCUAAUGGAUCUCCAGAUAUGGGUAUCAAGAAGAAGUCUAGAGAAGGAAAAGGAAGUACAUACCUGUGGGAGUUCCUGUUGGACCUGCUGCAGGAUAAGAACACCUGUCCCAGAUACAUCAAGUGGACACAGAGAGAGAAGGGCAUCUUUAAGCUGGUGGACUCCAAAGCGGUCUCAAAACUCUGGGGCAAACACAAAAACAAACCAGACAUGAACUAUGAAACCAUGGGUAGAGCGCUCAGGUAUUACUAUCAGAGAGGCAUCUUGGCUAAAGUCGAGGGUCAGAGGUUGGUGUAUCAGUUUAAGGAAAUGCCUAAAGACAUUGUUGUCAUCGAUGAUGACAAGUGUGACCCGGGUGAUGAUGUAAUAGGAGAGAAGACCUACGAGCGCGUUCCUCCUUCAUCUGACACUCUAUUGACUGAUCUUUCCAAAACCCCGACCAUCUUGAGAGCGGCCGACAGGACUGUGCUUCAUCCAGGCUCCCCGAAAGCUAAAGCUGCACUCACUGCAACUCCUGUUCAGCGCACAGUAAUGGUGUCCACAGCAGAUCCGUCCCAUGCCACCAUUAUUUCCAAUGCUAAUGCACCCAGGACUGUGCGGGUUGCCAUGCAAGUGCCGGUCGUCAUGACUAAUUCUUUGGGACAGAAGAUCUCCACGGUGGCCGUUCAGUCCACUAACCCCUCGCUCCUCACCACAGCGCCCACCAACACCGGCUCACCGACUGGCACCAACGCCCCUAAAGUCUUGAUCCAGACCAUGCCAACGAUGGUGCCCGCCACCGCAGAGAACGGAGAUAAGAUCACGGUCCAGCUCGCCAAGAUUAUCACCAUCCCCGCAACCCAGCUCACGCAGUGCCAGCUACAGGCCAAACCCGGCACCCCAACAGGUAUCAAUCUAAUGGGUGCUCCGCUCACAGUCCGGGCUCUGACACCCAUGUCUGUGGCACCAGGGACGCAGGUGGUUAGACUGGCUGUUCCAGCCCAGCAAAGUCCAGUGCAGGCAAAGACGCAAGUACCUGUUUCAAUCCAAACGCAAACUCGCAUCCCAAUCUCCGUUCAGACUGCAUCUACUGUACAGUCAGUCCCGCUGCAGAUCCAGAUUCAACAGAGCCAACUCUCUCCAAAAGAAAAGACAACAGAAUCCAAACCUGACAUCACCGUGCUGGACAAUCCCACGCUCAAAGUGCCAGAGGAAGCUUCAAACCCACAGUCUGAAGCCGAGAGCUGAAGAGCGAUGCGAUUGGUCAGUCUCAGACAAUAAUAAAUGAACUUCUAUUUCCCAGAUACUCUUUAAUCACAUUCUGGGAGAGCAAACUGGAGAUUUGUUGACUUGUACAGUUUCGGAGUUUAAGUGUGGUUUCAUUUUACAAAAAAAAGACAUCAUUAAAAAACCUGCCUUUAUUCGGCACCACAAAUCUCACAUCAUGUGGAUUUAAUCUGGAUGUCCGUCAUUUCAAUUAUGAGUUGUUAAAGGGACCAAUGUAAAGUACACUACAGUUCUUUUUUCUUUUUAAAUGACACUAAUACCAUUUAAGCAGAACACUAAAGAGUGAAGUAGACAAAUAUGUGAACUUUAAAGGGAGGAUAAAUUCAACUUUUUAUAAUCUCGUAUAAAGAGUUUCUCUCCCUUGAAUAUUAAAAUUGCCAGGUGAAACCAGCAGUUUGUUUUGACGAUCACUGUGAGCGCACGCUUCUGCCUGUGUUUCACAGGAACGUGUCAAGUCUCCCUCCACUUCCACUAAGGGAAGAAAUGGACUUUGUAUAUAUGAACUAUACAGUUUACUGAAUUUAUAAACAAAGCAGCCUUAGAACAGUUUUGUUGUUUCUUUUUAAGUCAAGCUUGUUAAGCUUUUGUUUUUAAGCUCAUGUUUUUUUUCUUCUUUUCUCCUCGUCAUUGUACCAAGCACAGUAUUAUUGGCAAAUUUACUAACUAAAAGCAUUUUUUGCAUUCUCACCAUCCCAAUCUCGCAGAAUAAAAAUGGCCAUAGUAUUUGUUUGUAAUCAGAUCUGUAUCCAAAUCCUGGAACAUUACCCAUAUGUCAAAAAACACGAGAGAGAGAGAGGAAAAAGGAAAAGGUCAAUCAGCAGCGUGCAUCCUCACUGCAAAUACAUUUCUUCUGCUUCUGUUUUCUUUUGCUUUAUAUUAGUUCUUACACAGGGGAGAGGAAGAUGUUUGUGUUCAGAGUAAUCUAGUUUGUAUAUUCAACAUUUGAAGUACAUUUCUAUUUUGUUGUACUCUUGUUUCAAAGUGUACUCAAGUAGAUUUUACUCAAAUACAAAAAUAUUCCUGAA